AUGACCAAGAUCGAGACCUUUGCGGAUGCGACUCAUCAGGAGUCAACAAAGCCCGUGUCCACCGAACGCAGCCGCGAAUCGCUGGAACUAGUGGGCGACUAUGAGCUCAACCAGAAACAGCUGCAACAGCUAGAUGCCUUCAACCCCAAGAAGCAGCAGUCCGUCGAUAUCUGCGUCCAGGAUGUAUUCCAGCAACAGGCUCUGAGGCAUCCAGCACGGGAGGCGGUGGCCGCUUGGAAUGGACAAUUUAGCUUUUCUACUCUCGAUCAUCUCUCCUCCCGUCUAGCGUCUCAUCUGAGAAGACUCGGAGUCGGGCUGGACGAAUUUGUCCCCGUCUGCUCCGAAAAAUCUCGCUGGUAUCCUGUGGCACUUCUGGGCGUGUUGAAGGCUGGCGCCGCGUUCGUCCCGUUAGAUCCAUCCCAACCCUCUCAGCGUUUGGAGGAGAUCCUCUGUGCGGUUACCCCAAACGUGAUCAUUGCCACCACGGCCACGGCGGAAAAGGCCAAUUUUCGAGGAACCAUGAUCAUCAUUGACGAUGACGAUGAGAGAGCCGUGUGGAGAAACUCGACGCCAGAAAGUCCAGCCCUAAAGGUUCCUUGCACGCAGGCUGCUUAUACAGUCUUCACGUCGGGUACCUCUGGCAAACCGAAGGGGGUGGUCAUAGAGCAUCGGUCUUUGUCGACCAGUGUGUUGGCCAAUAGUGCUGCUUUGAACAUUCACGAGAGAUCCCGAGUCUUCCAAUUUGCAUCUCAUGCCUUUGAUGCAUCCCUGUUGGACAUCUUCGCGCCAUUGGUCAAGGGUGGGUGUGUCUGUAUACCGUCGGAGAUUCAGCGCAAAAACAACAUAGCAGAGGCAUGUCGUCGACUAGGCUGCACCUGGGCUUUUUUGACCCCUUCGCUUACGCGAGUCCUAGAGCCUCAGGACUUAUGCACCUUGGAAACCUUGAUUAUCGGGGGUGAGGCUCUACGAGAAGGCGACGUUGAGAAAUGGAUGCCUCAUAUGCAGUGCAUCAGUGGCUACGGUCCCACUGAAUGUACUAUUGGAUGCAUGGCUACAAUUCUACAACCCGGAGUUCAGGUUGAUCCGGCAAACCUUGGGCGGGGUGUGGGAGUCAAUUGUUGGGUCGUUGAUCCUGGCGACCACAACAGGUUGACUCCGCCAGGUGAGGUUGGAGAACUACUUUUAGAAGGACCCAUGGUCGCCCGCGGUUAUUUAAACAAUCCGGAGCGCACUACCGAAGUAUUCAUCGACCCUCCGUCAUGGCACAGAAGAUUCAGGCCCCAAGGGGAUCGGAUGUAUAAGACAGGCGACUUGGUCGUUUUCGAUGCCGUGAGAAACUCGAUCCGCUAUAUCGGCAGAAAGGACAUGCAGGUCAAACUUCACGGUCAGCGCCUCGACACACGAGAGGUCGAGCAUCACAUCAGAUUACAUACCCCAGAUGCUAUGGAUGUUGUUGUAGAUAUGAUCCCAAUCGCGGAUGAGUCUGCCUCGGUUCUGAUUGCAUUUCUUGUCCUGAAAUCAAAUCGUACACAAUCGCCCGCUAACCCGACAAAAUGGCUCCAGGAGCCAACCGAGGACCUGAACAUCAAGACAGAGAUCCUCCAAAGAAAGCUAUCCAAGGUGGUUCCUCAAUACAUGGUUCCCAGGACAUUCCUAUUCUUAGUGUCGAUGCCUCUUACAAACAACGGAAAGAGUGAUCGGCAAACGCUCCGCCGUCUGGCUGCAACCUUGAGUCGGCAUGAUCUUCGCAGAUACAGCCGAAUGUCUGACACUACGAGCAGCAAGUCUUGCAGCCCAGUGGAGCGCAAACUCCAGUCUCUGUGGUCCAGAGUUCUAAACGUUAGACAGGACGACAUCGGACUUCAAGAUAGCUUCUUUGGGCUGGGUGGAACUUCGGUGGCGGCCAUGAAGCUGGCCGGUCUAGCAAGAAAAGAAGGCAUACGGCUAGAUAUAGCCGAUUUAUAUGGACACCCAACCCUCAGAGACAUGGUCAUUCGAGUUCGUGCUAUCUCAGCGAACAACAAAACCCAACCAUUCUCUCUGAUUCCAACUUAUGAGGACCGCGCACAACUCCUUGAGCUGGUCAUGCAACAAUGUGUGCUCCACCACCAAACAGAAAUAGAGGAUGUAUAUCCUUGUACAUCAUUACAGGAAGGACUUAUCUCUCUUGCAGCCAAAAGACCAGGUUCCUAUACGGGCGUCUUCAGAUACGAACUACCGAGGAAUGUAAAUAGCCACCAAUUUCGAAAUGCAUGGAAUGCUCUAGUCGAAGCCCACCCAAUUCUUCGGACUCGAUUCAUACAAGGGAGCAAUGGCAAGAUCUACCAGGCUGUGGUUCGCGGAACGAUCGAGCUGGAAGUGAGCUCAUUCGAUGAUGAACCGAAUAACAUACUAGCCUGUGAGCUCGGAAAGCCAUGGAUUCGUGCACACCUUCAUGAGGCAUCUGCGGUACAGCUGCCAACCUUUACUCUAAUUGUGCACCAUGCUCUAUCCGAUGGUUGGGGCCUUCCCGUACUUCUGCGGGAGCUUGAGGCGGCCUACAAUGGCCAGACGCUGAACGAGAGGCCAUUCAGUCCGUUCAUCGAGUACAUUAGUCGCACCAAGGUUGAAAGGGAAAAUUACUGGAAAGGGCGCUUCACUGAUGUGCAAAGUGCCAGCUUCCCUCAGCUACCCAGCCCGGCGUACGUUCCUGAGUCCACGUUGAUGAUACCAAUCCAAAUUUCCAUACGACAAACGAUUCAAAGUGAAUACACGCUUCCCGAAAAACUCAAGCUAGCCUGGGCUGUUCUCCUCUCCUACUACACGGAAACCUCCGAUGUUGUCUUUGGCCUCACCGUUAGCGGUCGCGGUGCGCCUGUGAUUGGAGUUGAGGACAUGGCCGGCCCGGCUAUUGCUACCAUUCCGCUCAGAUUGAAUCUUGACCCAGGAAUGACUGUAAAGCGGAAUCUGCAGCAGCUCCGGGAGUAUUGCAUUUCUGCUAUUCCUUAUGAACAAAUAGGGCUGCAGAACCUCCGACGUCUGGGCGAGGGAGCCGCAAAAGUCUGCAACUUUCAAAGUCAUAUCGUCGUUCAACCAGAGGAGUGUGGUAGUGAUUGGAUGUUUUCCAGGAAGCAGAACCAAUCCGCAAUAGGGGCCUUUAGCUCCUACGCAAUCACUUUGAUCUGUCAACAACAACCUGGUACAAUAAACAUCGAGGCGACCUUUGAUCCGCAUGUUGUAUCUCACGUCGACAUGGACCGAAUGCUGAAACAGCUCAGACAUCUCAUGAUCAUUCUAACAUCUGGAUCUGAAGACGUUCCUUUACGCGAUCUUGAUGCCAUCAGUCCUGAGGACGGGUUGCAGUUGGAAAAGUGGAAUCGUGCCGUACCUGAGACGGUUGAGAUAUGUGCUCAUGACUGGAUCCGAAAGCGAGGGCUCACUCAGCCCAAUGCUCCGGCUGUGUGUGCCUGGGAUGGCAACUUUACAUACGCGGAAAUGGAGCAGAUGUCUUCAGAGAUGGCACGUUACCUCCAGGGGCAAGGCGUGGGUCCCAAGGUUUUCAUUCCGCUGUAUUUCGAAAAGUCUCGGUGGACCCCUAUCGCAAUGCUUGCUGUCAUAAAAGCCGGAGGGGCGUUUAUUGUCCUUGACGAUUCCCAUCCAACACAGAGGCUGCGUGGUAUCUGCGAUGAUGCCGAAGCACCGUUCAUUAUUACUUCCGAGAAGAAUGCAUCUAGUGCAUCUCAACUCGCGGAUGUCUCCAUUGUUUUGGGCGAAUCUCACUGCUCGUGGCCAUCCAGCCAAAUUACUUCUCCCACCCUAGAAUCCAAAACCAACCCCAAAAACCCACUCUAUGCAGUCUUCACCUCUGGCUCAACGGGUAAGCCCAAAGGGGCUAUUAUCUCGCAUGAAUCAUGGUGUACCAGCGCCAAAGCCAACAGUGUCGCCUUGUCAUUAUAUCCCACCUCCCGGGUUUUUCAAUUCGCGGCCUAUGCUUUUGACAUCAGCAUCGCCGAUCAUUUAUUGACCCUCGUCGCCGGCGGCUGUAUUUGUAUCCCUUCAGCCAAGGACCGAGAGGGUGAUCUCGCACGGGUUAUGCGUGACCUUGAGGUAAACUGGGCAUGUUUGACGCCAUCUGUGGCCCGGAUAAUUCAACCCCAAACGACUCCUAUGCUCAAGACGCUGGUCCUCGCAGGGGAACCUAUUGCUCCUGAGGACAUUACCAUGUGGUCACCAGAAGUCCAUCUCCUCAACCUGUACGGGCCCGCCGAGUGUGCUAUCCUUACCACUCUGAAUCAGAAUGUCAAUGACCCAAAAGACCCAAACAACGUUGGCUUGCCGACCAGCGCAGUGUGCUGGGUUGUCGACGCGCAUGACGACCAAAAGCUCAUGCCAAUAGGUAGUGUCGGAGAGCUCGUCGUGGAAAGUCCUAUUGUCGGCUAUGGGUAUAUCAACAACCCAACCAAGACGGCCGCCUCAUUCAUCGCACCAGAUACGCACCCAGCAUGGCUGCAGCGGUUCCGCCGUGCAGAAACAACACGCUCACGUCUAUAUCGCACAGGCGAUCUAGUCCAGUACAAAGCAGACGGAACACUACGAUUUGUCGGCCGCAAAGACACCCAGAUCAAGCUACGCGGACAACGCAUCGAGCUUGGCGAAGUUGAAUACCACCUUCGCCGCAGCUUUCCCGACGCUGCCGAAGCCGUCGCAGAGCUGGUAGUCCCGAAAGACGAUACAUUCAACAGCCGCAGACAACCAACUCUAACGGCCUUCAUUCGUCCUCGAGACCAAACACUCAGACAAUCAGAUCGAACCCUCCAGGCACAGGUCGCAGCCGCACUGCCCACCCUACGCGCCUCCUUACCAAGCUAUAUGAUCCCCACAGCUUUCCUCUACGUGAACUCAUUCCCACUAAGCACAUCCCGCAAGCUGGACCGUAAACUCCUCCGCAGUCUAGCCGCGGAACGGCCCCGGGAGGAAUAUCUCGAUGCAUCGUCCAGCGUGCAGAAGCGGGACCCGUCGAGCCCGGUCGAGCAUGUGUUACAUGAACUGUUUGAGGACACGCUCAAUGUUGAUGGCACGGACUUUGGGGUGGAUCAUGAUUUCUUUGCCUUGGGGGGCGAUUCUAUCCUCGCUAUGAGCUUGGUUGCGCGGGCUCGAUCGCGUGGGUUGGAUUUUAGGGUGCGGGAUUUGUUUGCGAAUCCUACUGUGUGCGCUCUAGCUCAGCAUGCUAAAUGUGAUGGAAAGCCAGAGUCCAUUGAGACUUAA